AGAGAGAGGAGUGGCUUCCUGUCAUCUAUCACAACACUUUCGGUAAUUUUAUGUUCAUUGAUAGUUUAGCAAUUGAAAUCAUGUGUCCUGACCAAUCUCUAAUUUCUCUGCAGAGGACGUCACCCAUGGUGUUUGAGACUGGAAGAAGUUGCAGACCUGCAGUGUAUUGUUGUUGUUGGUUCCCUCUAUUGCAAAAUGUAUUGUUGAUGUUGGUUCCCUCUAUUGCAAAAACAAUAAUGGGCUGUUUGCUACUGCUACUGCUUCUCUUCGUAAGAACUAUAGAUGGAGGUGCAAGUGCUUCGUGCCUCAGCAGUCAAGCUUCCAUUCUGCUGAGUAUCAAGGAGAAUCUCCACCUAUCCUAUGGAAGGCUAAGUUCAUGGGGUGGAAAUGAGUCUGACUGCUGCUUAUGGGAGGGAGUUGAGUGUGAUCCCCACACUGGACACAUCAUUGGCCUUGAACUUCCUGGUAAAGCUACCAUUGAUAACAGUGAUAUUGCAGGAUCGAGAAUACCUCCGGCUCUUUUUGAUCUCCACCAGCUCCAACACCUUGACCUCAGUGGUUGUGACUUCAAUAUGUCUACCAUACCUUCACAACUCGCUCAGCUCAGCCACUUGACUCAUCUCAAUCUAUCAUGGGCUUGGUUUUCAGGGAAGGUACCAGACGAGAUUUCAAGCUUGUCUAAUUUGGUUGCUUUAGACCUUUCUUAUACUACCGGCCUCUUGGAAAUACAAGAUCUGGUAGGCUUCGUGAAGAACUUUAAGCAAUUAAAGUACCUCCACAUGGAUUAUGUCAGAUUCAAUCUCAGCAACUUGCAAGAGUGGGGUGCCAACUUAGCAUUGGCAUUGCCCAAUCUACGGUCCCUUAGUUUAGCAUUUUGUGAUCUUGAAGGAAUCCUCACUCCACAUAUUUUCAAGCUCCCACAUCUUCAAGCUCUUGAUCUAUCAAACAAUAAUUUUCAUGGGGAAUUAAUGCCGUUAUUUUUUCCCCCAGAGAGCAAGCUUCAAUCCUUACAUCUACAAGGUAAUGACUUGUCUGGUCACCUACCAAAUGAAAUUUUUAGACUUCCUCUCUUGAAGGUUCUAGAUGUGGGAUACAAUGAGUUAUUGAGGGUUUCAUUACCUACCAAAUUACCAAUGAGUAGGCUCGAAAUUCUUAAUCUUGGUGGCAUUGAGUUCUUAGGAGACCUUCUUCGUGUUUGGAUUGUUAAUUUGACAUCCUUAGUAGAGCUAGAACUUUCUAAUACCAAUCUGUCAGGCAGUCUUCCUUUCUCAAUAGCAAACCUUGCAGAUUUAACUCACCUGGAUCUAAGUCAGACUAGAUUGUCAGGUUGCAUAGACACCUUAUUGUUUGCCAACCUCACUCGACUAGCUUACCUUGACCUUUCUAAAAACAGUUUUAGUGGCCUCUUACCAUUUUUACCUCACUCUCUCCGUAUUGUCUUCCUCAACAAUAAUAAUUUUAGUGGCCCGAUCCCAAAUUCAGUCAAUCUUCCUAAUGUGGAAGGCUUAGACCUUUCUUACAACUCCCUAGAAGGAGCAAUUCCUCCUAGUUUAUUCCAAGAACCAUCUUUUGCACAAUCUCCACUUGAAGACCUUAACCUUUUCAACAACAAAUUUGAUGGCUACCUCAACCUUGGAAUUUUUGCAGACUUCAAAAAGCUUCAGUUAUUGUCACUUUCUGGAAAAAACUUGACAGUAGGCAUUGACAACCCCACCCUCAAGCUUCCAAGUCUACAAAGCUUUUCUUUGGUCUCAUGCAACAUCAAAUAGUUCCCCCGAUUCCUUCGAAGAACAUGAUCGCUGAGGAAAUUCCACAAUGGUUAAAUACUUCCGUGUAUUUGAACAUAUCCCACAACAUGAUAACAGGCAUUGAACCAGGGGCUGUUAUGAGUACUUAUGUAGUUGAUUUGAGCUAUAACAUGUUGAAUAGCUUUCCAAAUUCUCUAUCGUUUAAUGGUUUGGUGUACCUUUCAAUCAAGAAUAAUAGUGUGUCAGGAGAAAUACCGGCUUCCAUGUGCAACAUCACUCAGCUUAGAUUGGUUGACUUCUCAAACAACAAGUUCAGCGGCCAGAUACCUACUUGCUUCUUUAACUUGAGUUUGGUGAUAGUCAAGCUCCAGAACAAUCAAUUGCAAGGACAAAUUCCAGAGUUGACUGACAACAUAAGACAUUCAUUUCAAGCACUUGAUUUAAGUGAAAACAGGUUAGAAGGUCUUAUCCCUAAAUCGCUUGGUCACUGCGAAGGGCUUGCAUUCAUAAAUCUAGGGAAAAAUAAAUUAAGUGGUGACUUCCCUUCAUGGCUUUCGAAGCUGCCAAAACUAGGAAUUCUUGUGUUAAGGUCCAACUUUCUAAGUGGUGCUAUUAACUUCUCUUUUGAAGAGAGUCCUUUCCAAGGACUAUGCAUGCUUGACAUCUCCACCAACCAAUUUAGCGGAAAACUUCCAAUGAGCUUGUUGUUAAGCCUCAAUGCAAUGAAGACUUUCGACAUAUCGCAUGCUCGUAUGGUUGGGGUUCAUAAUAUUUUGGGUUAUGGUACAGCAUGGGAAGUGGGAAUGACAAUCAAAGGAGCAACAUUAAGUUAUCAAGAUGAAAUUUGGUUUUUCAUGAACACAAUUGACCUUUCUAACAACUACUUUGAGGGUGAAAUUCUUGAAGAGAUUGGAGACCUUAAAUGGCUCCAAGCACUAAGAAUUUCGAACAACAAGCUUAGAGGGUCAAUUCCAAAGAACUUUGGUGGCCUCCAACAACUAGAAUCACUAGAUCUGUCUCAUAACCACCUUUCAGGUGAAAUACCAGAAGAACUUACUAAACUGAAUUUUCUUGAGUACCUGAAUCUGUCAUAUAACAACCUUGUUGGAAGAAUCCCUCAAUCACUACAAUUUUCCACCUUUGACGCUGGGAGCUUCGAAGGGAAUCCAAGUCUCUGUGGCCCUCCACUCUUGCUGCCCUGUGAAGCCAAUGAGAGCACCACAUCUAUUCCAUUUCUUGUACUGAAGCAAGCAAAUGAAGAGAGAAUGUGGAAGUACACAUCGGUGGCACUAGGUUUUGGUGUAGGUUUCGGCACAACAAUAAGCUUCUCACUUUUUCUGAAUAAUGGAAGGGGCUUCGAUAUCUUAUGGAGAAGGUGCUAUUGUCCUUGGGCUUAAUCUAGGGGCAGAAUCAUGAAGGCUUAUAGCAGAAGCUAGAGGCAACACGGUAAGAGUGACAAAGGUUUUCAGGCAGCUACUUUUCCUUUUAAUUGUUGCAAGUGCUUCUCUAGCUCAAUGAAGUUCAGGAAAACUUGGUGGUUGACAAAGCUCAACUUUAUAUUGUGUUUAGCCAUCUUUUAAUGUACAAGCCAUUGCAUGUUGACGUAUAAUUCAUGGUGGUGUUAAGCAAAGGGAUCA